GGUUUCUUUUCCUGCUGAGUUAGGCUGGCAGUCAGCUCUCACCAUGAAGCUCCUGAGGGCUGCUGUAAUCUUUGUUGUUGUGCCCACUCUGACGCCGGCUUUUGACCCUCUCAGCGCUUCAAUCGUUGCGGCGAGCGCUGCCGUGACUUGGCAUCUCCUCUCCUCCGAAUCCUGGCUCAAAUGCCGCUUCCAGGAGUGCUGCAAGAAGAACGGCACUCUGAACUUCACAGCGCUGAAGGCGCAGCUGGACAACCGGCUCUUCGGGCAGCACCUGGCCAAGGACGUGGUGCUGAAGGCGGUGCUGGGCUUCAGCAACAACCCCAGCCCUAAGAAGCCGCUGAUGCUGUCGCUGCACGGCUGGGCCGGCACCGGCAAGAACUUCCUCAGCCAGAUCCUGGCGGAGCAGGUCCACCCCGCCGGCCUGCGCAGCAAGUACGUCCAUCUCUUCCUGGCCACCCUGCACUUCCCCCACCACGACCAGGUCAAACUCUACAAGGAACAGCUGCAGAACUGGAUUCGAGGCAAUGUCAGUGCCUGUCCCUCCUCCGUCUUCAUUUUUGAUGAGAUGGACAAAAUGCAUCCAGGUGUCAUUGAUGCCAUCAAGCCCUUCUUAGACUAUUACGAGGAGGUUGAUGGGGUGUCCUACAGAAAAGCUAUCUUCAUCUUCCUCAGCAAUGCAGGUGGUGAUUUAAUUAACAAAGCAGCUCUUGACUUCUGGUUAAGUGGAAAGCGCAGGGAAGAUAUUCAGCUGAAAGACCUGGAGCCCUUGCUCUCUGUAGGAGUCUUCAACAACAAGAAUAGUGGGCUGUGGCACAGCAGCAUCAUUGACAGGAACCUUAUUGACUACUUUGUCCCUUUCCUGCCCCUGGAGCAAAAGCAUGUGAAGAUGUGUGUGAGGGCUGAAAUGACAGCCCGUGGCUAUGCUGUGGAUGAGAAUAUUGUUCAGGCAGUGGCUGAUGAGAUGACCUACUUCCCCAAGGAGCAGAGGAUCUACUCUGACAAAGGCUGCAAGACUGUACAGGCCAAGUUGGAUAUUCACGAAGACCUUGUGAUGAGAGAGAUGAAAGCCAGGGGUUGAUUUUCCACUUUGAGUCUCCAAAGCACUUUCAGAGUGCUUUGGAAAUCUGUGUAUUUGCACUUACACUUUUUUUACUGUUGCAGGGAGUAUGGUGAAAAUACCAGAGUGAGCUGUAUGGGCUUUGUAGCUUGUGUGUUUGGUUUUGUUGGUUUGUUUGUUUUUUUUUUUUUUAACUUAACAUAGAAUUGGGACUUAGAGAUGAUCUAGUGCCAUCCUCUGCCAUGGGCAGGGACACUUUCCACUCAAUCAGGUCAUCCAGCCUGGCUUUUAAGCGCUGUGCAUCUUUGAGCUGGCUGGCAUCCCAGUGUUGCCCCUUCUUUUAAUCUAUAGAGAAUUUCUAGUGUGACACACAGCACUGGAUACAGCCUCUCCUGCUUUAUUCUUCCAAGUGCUGGGAUUAUUAAGUAUUUAAUUCCUCUUUCCACAUAAACUAGAUUGGAACAAAGGAAAACAGAGGAAUUUUUCUAGAUUGUCAUACUCCCUUCCAUGUACACAUUCAUAGUGAAAGAGGGAUGUGUGCUGUAUUCUGAACUAUGAUCAUGUCUGCAAGGGUGAACUUAGUGCAUUGCAGAUGCAAGAUGAUAUGGUAGAAGUCUUCCUGUGCUUCAGCUGGGCAUCAUCCUACAUCUCCUAGUACAGUAAUAUGGGAAGUUAUUCUGAGCUCCUAGAAAUCUGUUAGUAAAUAAUAGAGAGCAGAGGAAGAGGAAGUAAGAGUUUGCCCCAUGUUUCGUUGGGGAAAAAGAAAUUGUUAAAUGUUCUUUAAAGGGGCUACAUAAAUUUGUGACUCCAGGUCUUCCUAAACUGAGGGACCCAUCUGAGAGAUUUGUUAAAAAAUACUAAGCCAAUCUUCUGUCCUUGAGCAGAAAACCUCUCAUGAGAAUUCGACUGUUGCAGUUUGUCAGGUUAAUCUAUGUGUGGGCUUCUGGGCCUGAAGAAUGUAAGGUCUUUAGUAGUCCCUGUCCACUGCUCCUAAUGGUCAAGGUGUGGAUAAUGCUGCUCUCUCCUUGCUUGGAAGACACUUGAAUGGAAGAAAUUAUUUUUAAUAAUGUAUUUUUAUGCUGAAGUGUAAGCAACAAUUCUAUACCUCACUAGUUAGGUAUGUUAUAUAGUCGCUUUUAACAUUAAAAAUGCUUGUGUGAAAGGUUGAGUUAAAAAGCUGGGAAAGAUCAAUUUAACCUUCACCCAGUAGGGAGACUGGGUUUUAACCACUGUUGCAAGCUUUAACUCUUAGUCUCCCAUCAUUUGUGUAUCGAAUGUUGUAAUGCAAGACAGAAGUGCCUUUCACUUUGAUUGAACUGUGGUUUUAAAUUGGUACAAGGGAUGGGGCCGGUUUUGUGCUGCAUCAUCUAUUCCCUCACUUGUUCUUAAACUUCCUUUCAGAAGUGAUGUUAAAUUAUAGGUCUCAUUACAAUUAUGCUAAUUCAGAUUACAACAGAGUUUAGCGCUGAUGUUAAGCUCUGAAUUAAAAGUGUUGAUUACCUUUUACAGCUCCACUGGAGUUUGUCAAAUGUUGGCAAACUGUUGACACUGAUGCAACCUCCAGAGCCAAACACUUGCAAGCCUAACCUUGGGACAUUGGACUGUCACUUUUCAGUGUGAUGUUUUGCUUAUUAACUGAUUUGUUCAUAGUUGUAUAUGCUGCAUCCAGUUUCACUUACUCCAAAAACAAAAUAUUUGUGCUGUUUCAAAACACUAAAUACUACCGUACUGCAGUUGGAAUAAAUCCUAAGUUACUUCUUC